UUGGCAGGUUACCGGCAGGCAGUACGUAUAGUACUCCACGUUAAGAAUGACGAUUGUCGGUUGAUAGGGAUAGGCUGGGCAUUUUCCGGAUCCCCCAAUAGCGAACUGGGAAAGCUGUAAAUAGUUAAUGGCAUGGUAUGCUCUAAUAAAACAACUCGAUACAUUAGGUAUUCUUCUUCGCAGGAUCGACGGGACCAACAGGACCGGGUGGGUUCCAGCGCCUUUCCGCUUUCGAAAGCAGCCUCGCUCAUCGUCUUGAAUGGAAAAUGGCUCAUAAUGCUGGUAAAGAUAGUAGUACAUAUGUACUCUGGAUUACCUAUUGUGUGUAUGUACCGCGCAUGUGGCCUAGCGUCUGUUGCUUUGCAGCUUUGCAGAUGGUGUGGGUGUUAGGGUAGCAUAGCACAGUAAUGAGGCGCACUGACUCGCCAUUUGACCGGCUUUCAUCGUACAGCCUGGCACUG